AUGUCAAAGACAGUAGUAAUCCUCGGCGCAGGCUGGGCAGGCCUUCCACUCGCUCACAAACUCCUCAAAUACACCCUCCCCAAGAUCCCAUCCCUCAAAGUCAUCCUCGUCUCACCAAACUCUCACUUCUUCUGGAACGUCGCAGCUACUCGAGGCAUCAUACCCGAUGCUAUCCCCGAUCAACAACUAUUCUUACCCAUCGAGCCUGGCUUUGAGCAGUAUUCUAAGAAGAACUUUGAGUUUGUCCUUGGGAAAGCAUAUGGGGUUCACCCAGAUUUAAGCACUGUUCGUGUCAUCUGCAAUGACAGCUCUGGGAGGGAGAUCAAGUAUGAUGAGCUGGUUAUUGCGACAGGCUCAUGUCUAGCUAGUGGCCUUCCAUUGAAACCUAUUGGGACGCAUCAAGAGACUAUAUCUGCUUGGAAAGAACUAAAGGGUCAAGUCGGGAAUGCCAAGUCAAUUGUUGUUGCUGGUGCUGGCGCAACGGGAAGCGAAGUUGCUGGAGAGUUGGCCGCGAGAUAUGGUUCAUCCAAGGAUAUCACCCUCAUCAUCAGCGGCGAUCGACCCCUUCAAGGGGCACUAGACUCUGUUCGAACAUCCAUUGAGAAAGAUCUCAAGACUCUUGGUGUCAAGCUUAUUUAUAAGACACGCGUCAAUGAAGCGAAGAAGAGUGCAAAUGGUCAGGAGACGGAACUACUCUUGUCAACAGGAACGAUCCUCAAAACAGACCUUUACCUACCUCUCCACGGCAUCAAACUCAACACAUCUUUCGUUCCCCCUUCAUUCCUAGACUCAGAAGGGAAUAUCAAUCUCGACGAGAAGAUGCGGGUUGUCGGCACAAAUAACAUCUGGGCCAUCGGCGACGUGGGCAACAUUGAUCCCAAGCAAUUGACCAUUACGGACAACCAAAUCAUCCAUCUCGCAACAGCCUUGGACGCAGUUCUUACAGGACAGACUGAUGUCAAGAGGUAUGAGCCUGAGACUAAGAAGAUGCUCUUUGUGGCGUUGGGAAAGAAGUAUGCGACAGGGCAAAUUGGGAAUUGGAAGCUGUUCUCGUUUCUGGUGUCGUGGGUCAAGGGGAGGAAGUUGUUUGUUGAUACGGCGGAGGGUGUUAUUCUUGAUAUCAGACCCCUUCGACUGAUCACAGAUGUUCUAGAAGACUCUUUCGAGUAUUCGUGGCCAACUCUGGGAAACAGGAUUGUGACGGAGACUUCCAAGUCAGUUCUCCACGACCGCGCCAGAGCUUAUGGAUUUAGCUUUGUUUUGUCAUCUACACAGUUGAUACGCGUUGAAGAGAUGAGUUCGGACAUUUUGGAUGAGCACGAAGCUGCUUUCCAGAUCUACAACUCAUUACAACUGCUACUUUCGCAUCUCUACGAAAGACUCAAUUACCACUUCGCAACCAUGCUUUCUCUCACCAAACUCUCUGCCAUUACUGCCUUCCUGGCCUGCUCGCCUCUGGCGACUGCAGCUCCUCAGGUCAAGGACAAUUCUUCUGAGGCCAGCCUGACUACCAAGUUGAACCAGGCCGACAGUGUGAUUGAUCGCUACAAGCUUCUCCCCGAGGACAAGGAUUUCCUCUUCAGCUUCAACAGCACCCCACUUGGCAUUGCCAACAGCAAGAGCUUCCCUGCUCUCACCGGAGCUGGUCUCAGUCUUGCCCUUGCCGAGAUCCCAGGCUGCUCCAUGAUCACUAUUCACGCCCAUCCCCGGGCCGCCGAACUCUUCGCCGUGGUCUCCGGCCAAGUCUACACCGAAGCCGUCCCCGAGAGCUUCGUCCUCAACAGCGAGAAUAAGCCCCGCGUGAUCCGCAACGAGAUCGGUGCUGGCGAAGCGACAGUCUUUUACCAGGGCACCAUGCACUACCAGAUCAACACCGACUGUAACCCGACUGUGGCGUUGGCUGCCUUUUCGUCUGAGGACGCGGGCUUUACUGGCAUUGCAGCAGGACUGUUUUCUGUCAAGGAUGACGCCCUGGUCAAUACUUUUGGGGAGGUAAUUGCAGGGGAGGAUAUUGACAAGUUCAGGGAGGGAAUCUCGAAGCAGGCGGGUAUGAAGGUUGAUCAGUGCCUCAAGAAGUGUGGGAAGCAGAAGCGCCAGUUCUAA